GACUGUUGGGAGGGGUGAGGGAGGAGCUGGCUUCUGUUCCCAGCCAUAACUGCAGCAUGGAGAACAUAGACAAGAGGACAGUGAGACUGAAUGAACAUGCCUCUGAGUCGGAGGUCAAACCUUUGGUGGGCUCAGAUGCCGAAGAACAAGAAGAAGAAGAAGAAAUAUUGCAGAGGAAUGUCUCCAGAUCCUCAUGUGCACUUCCAAACUAUAAAAUAACACUGGCAGUGAUUGGAGGUGGUCUAGGCCUGUGUUUCCUCGUUGCUGGAUUGUCGUACCUGUCUGGGAAGUCAGCCUGCACCUCAGUAGAUACAGUUAUAGAAUGUGGGAAAGUUCGUGGUGUGCACUGUGGUAUGGCUUAUAUGUUUAAAGGGAUCCCUUAUGCCAGCCCACCUACAGGAAAAUUACGCUGGAGGCCUCCACAGAUGCCUACUUGUUGGAAUAAUACUCUAGAUGCAACCAAAUUUGGAUCCAUGUGUGCCCAGGUGCAGCCUGUAGGAGAGGAUGGUAAAGUCAUGGGCUCAGAAGAUUGCUUGUAUGUGAAUGUCUGGACUCCAGCCAUGAACUCUGAUUCUAAGUUACCAGUUAUGGUUUGGUUUCACGGAGGUUAUCUGCACAUACUGAGUGGAUCAGAACCUGGAUACUGUCCAACAGAAGACUUGACUGAGCAUGGACAGGUUGUCCAUGUCAGCUUCAACUACCGUCUCAAUGCUUUUGGAUUCAUGGCACUGGAGCUACUGAGGGAAGGUUCCCUAAGCAACACAUCUGGUAAUUAUGGCUUCAUGGACCAGGUGGCUGCUCUUCGAUGGGUACAGAGUAACAUCCAGCACUUUGGUGGCGACCCAAAUAAGGUGACCAUCUACGGCCAGAGUUCAGGUGGAACCUCAGUUUGGGCUAUGAUGGUGUCUCCAUUGGCCAAGGGCCUUUUCCAUCGGGCAAUCGAUAUAAGUGGAUCCUCCGUAUUCCAAGCUAGUUUGACCGAUGCAGAAAAGAAUAAUCUAGUUUUCCUGCAGAAGACUGGAUGCAAGGAUGUAGAGUGUCUACGACAACUGAGUGUGCCCAAGAUCCUUCAGUCAAUUCCAUGGUUCGUGUACCCAGAUUGGGCAGCUGAGGACCUGUGUGACUUACCACGGAAAGGAGGGUUUGCUGGACCAGUGGCUGUGGUAGAUGGGCAUGUGGUUCCAGUAGCUCCACUUGAAGCUUGGAAGAAGAAGAUUGAAGGCCAUAGUGAUGUACCGUAUGUGAUUGGCACCACUCUUCAGGAAACUGAAUAUGCGCCAGUCUAUGCAAAUAUAUCUGUGUGGUCAGAAGAAGAUUAUCAGUGGUUUGUGAAAGCAAAACUCAAUUCCUUCGGAGAAAGUCUUUCAAAGGAAGCACUGGCCUUGUAUCCCACCUCAGAAUUCUGCUCUGAACCGACUCGUUGUGUGGAAAAAGCCUACAUGACCAUGGUAUCGGACGUACGUGCAACAUGUCCCAGUAAUGAGCUAGCCAGACGUGCUGCAGAAGCGCUGUCCAGUCCAGUUUAUCGAUAUGUGGUCACCUACACUCCGUCCCGUCCAGCUAAACUCGGUAACCUAUUCUCCUUCAAGAGCUGGUUUGCUUUUCACAUGCUGGACACCUUGGGGCUAUUCGGAACAUUGGACCAUGCGUUAGGAGAAACUACAGUGGAAGAUCGUGCAUUCCAGAGAUUAAUUAGAAAAUACUUCCUUCAUUUUGCCAAGGAAGGAGUCAUGCCGAAUGAAUGGCCGCAGUAUCCCAACUGUACAGCUUUACUGUCCACUGAGCUGACAAUCGAAGAAGACUAUCGCCAUGCACAAUGCUCCUUAUGGCAGAAGUAUGAUAUGUUUCAGUAUGCCUGGAUCAAUUAGACGGGAAGAUCUAUGGUAUGCAUGCCAAUAAAAACCAAAAA